GGCCCAUCUUGGCUGUCCCCUGGCCCGCCUCUCACUGUCACUCACUUGUAGCUAGAGUGACCAGUGAGGCACCAGCAGCUUGUAGCUAUAGCUGCCUUCUCCCCACGGGAAACCAAAAUUCGAUUCCAACACGCACGCGCAAGCACCGCACCUCUGAGCGGCUGAGCUCCAGGGCCAGGGCCAGGGCCAUGGAGCGGCGGAGAAGGGGCAGCUGCUUCUGCUUGCUCGCCGUGACGGCGGUGGUGGUGGUGGCGGCGGCGUCCGGCGGCGAGGCGAAGCUGUCGCCGGACCACUACCGCAGGACGUGCCCGCGCGUGGAGUCGAUCGUGCGGUCGGCCGUGGCCAGGAAGGUGAGGGCGACCUUCGUCACCGUCCCCGCCACGCUCAGGCUCUUCUUCCACGACUGCUUCGUCCAGGGCUGUGACGCGUCGGUGAUGAUCGCGUCAAGCAGCAACGACGCCGAGAAGGACGCGCCGGACAACCAGUCCCUCGCCGGCGACGGCUUCGACACCGUCGUGCGCGCCAAGGCCGCCGUCGAGAAGGCAUGCCCCGGCGUCGUCUCCUGUGCCGACAUCCUCGCCCUCGCCGCCCGGGACGUCGUCUCCAUGUCGUCGGGCCCGAGCUGGAAGGUGGAGCUCGGCCGGCUGGACGGGCUCGUCUCCAAGGCCGGCGACGUCACGGGCAGGCUACCGGGUCCGGACAUGCAGCCGGACGCCAUCACCGCGCUGUUCGACGGCAACGGCCUCGCCGUGCGCGACAUGGUCGCGCUCUCGGGCGCGCACACCGUCGGCUUCUCCCACUGCGAGCGCUUCGCCGGCCGGCUCUACCGGCACGGCGCGGUGGACCCGUCGUUGAGCCCGUCGUACGCGCGGCAGCUGAUGGCGGCGUGCCCGCCGGACGUCGACCUGACCAUCGCCGUCGACAUGGACCCCGUCACGCCCACCGUCUUCGACAACAAAUACUACGCCAACCUGGCCGCGGGCCUGGGGCUGUUCGCCUCCGACCAGGCGCUGCACGACGGCGCUGCGUCGCGGCCGGCCGUGGAGGGGUUCGCCGGGAACCAGACGCUCUUCUUCGAGGCGUUCAAGGAGGCCAUGGUGAAGCUCGGGAGGGUCGGGGUGAAGAGCGGCGAGGACGGGGAGAUCAGACGAGACUGCACCGCGUUCAACUAGUAGGAGAGGAAACCGGCCGCCAUGCACGGUGACACUAGCUGGUACUGUAACUGAGAAGAAAAGUUAUAAGGUCUCGAUGCAUUGAUAAAACAAUUUUUUUUAUAAAUGCACCGCACGUAAGUAGCACACAGAGUCUGAUGAUCUAAAACUGUCUGCCACUACCAUGUUCUUCAUUGUCAUGUGCACUGUUGGUCCAGCCAAUGGAUCUUGUUCCUGGUUCUCGAAGAUGAACCAUCCCCUCCAUUA